CUAUAAUAGGAAAAAAGAAAGAAAAAGCACAAUGCCCAUUAAAUUCCUGGAGACAUCAUCAAUGGCAGGGUAUUUUUCUAGCCUGGAGAGCUUAGACUUAUCCAACACUCUAAGUGACAAUGCUGAUGAAAACAAAGUACUACUAUGUACACUACUACCUGCUAUUGCAUCUCACUGCCCUUGUUUGAAAACACUGGAUCUGUCUCAAAAUAAUCUUGGUGUACCUGGAGCAUGUGCACUAGGGGACACAUUUCAUCAAUUCAUCAGUAGCAAAGAAAGUUUUGACAUUAACCUAAGCGAAACUAGUCUUGACAGUGUUGCUGUAAUGGUACUUACUGAGAAAAUAUUAGGCACUUUAAGUGUGAACAUAGCCACUGAGGUUGAGCUAAAAUUUGAUGACAAUCCUGUUGGGUAUAAUGGUCUGGUAUCCAUCUUCAAACUAGUUGCAACCAGAAACUGUGGGAUUUCGCAAUUAGAACUCUGCAGUCUGAUUGAGCCUAACAUAGUUACUUACAAUAACAUCCAGUUUUGUGCAGAUGAUCUUGCUGGUAGUAGGCAACUUACAAAAAUCAGUAUGUACUCCUUUUCAGCUGAGGCUGGGCAGAGAGGGGAAAUAUACGUAAACUGCCUGGAGGCAGCAAUAAUAGCAGGUGCUCUACCUAAUCUAGAGAAGUUGGAUGUAUCGAAUUUUCUGGGCAAUAGUAGAUCUACUAAUAAAUCAUUACUGACCAAACUUUUACCAGCCAUUGCGUCCUACUGCCCAUACUUGGAAGAUCUGGAUCUCUCUCGGAAUAACUUGGGUACACCUGGAGCAACUGCAUUAGGUGAAGCAUUUUGGCUGCUUAUUACUACCAGAAAUCAAUUGGACCUUGACUUACAUAAAUGUAAUCUUGAUAGUGAGGCUGUGACAGCAUUCUCUGAGAUAAUAACCCACAAAUUGUCGUCAUUAAAUACUUUUGUGUUGAGAAAGAGUAUGAAAUGUGAUAUAAAUCUAAGUGAAAAUCCAAUUGGGCAGGAAGGCCUCGUAGCCAUCUUCAAUAUUCUCACUUUAAAACACUGUCCAAUUAGUAAACUCAGUCUGGACGAUCUUGUUCUUGAAUCGGGUUCUCAAUACAGAAACGCCCAGCAAGUGAAUCCAAGUGCAACUGACCUACUAUUGCUUCAUUCUUGUGUAGAAAUUAACAAACUGAAAACUCUGAGUAUGUCCAAUGCCUGCAUUGGUGGAGAUUGCAAUUGGCACAUCAGAUACUUGGAGAAAGCAAUAAAAACGGGUGCUUUGGCCAAUAUGGAGGAUCUUGACUUAUCCAAUAGUCUGACAAAGAAUGCCCAUGUAAAUGCAUCACUGUUGACUACACUGUUGCCAGCCAUUGCUUCCUAUUGCCCACAUCUUAUCGAGCUUAAUUUGUCUCAAAACAAACUCUGUGUACCAGCAGCACAGGUGCUGGGAGAAAUGUUACCACUUUUUAUCAGUGGCAGAAAGCAAUUUGACCUUAAUCUAAAAGAGUGUUUUCUUGAUAGUGAGGCUGUGACAGCAAUUACGAGAAUAUAUGCUAGGCCUUACAUUUCCUCAUCAAAUACUUUUUGGAUGCGGUCACAGUUCACUCUUUGCCUUAAUGAGAAUCCGAUAGGACAUAAAGGGUUACUAGCCAUCUUUGCAAACUGUUCGUUUACAAGAUUAGAAGUCUGUUAUCUCAAAACUGAAUCUCACAUUCAACAAGAUGAGAAUUUUUGUGUUGAUAAUUUGUAUCAAAGUACAUUAAAAACACUUGACAUGGAAAACCAUUGGACAAGCCAUUGGACACGAAAAAGCAGAGCUAAAGGAGAACUACUGAUAAAGUGCCUGAAAACAGCAGCAAUUGCAGGUGUGUUGGUAAAUUUGGAACGAUUAGAUUUACGCAAAACUGUACCAGAUGCAAACAAAACACUUUUGACACCAUUGCUAACUGCAAUUGCCUCUUGUUGUCCUCACCUGAAUAAUCUUAAUUUGUCUAACAAUGAACUUGGUGUAGCUGGAGCACGUGCAUUGGGAGAGACAUUUCUGCUGCUUAUCAAUAGUAGGAAAAGAUUCAACCUCGAUUUAAGUGAAAACAAUCUUGACAGUAAAGCAAUGGCAGUGUUUUCUGAAAAGAUGGCUGAUACUAUAACUUCACUACCAAAGUCAGUCUCAAUGCUGAAUGAAUAUGAUCUUUGUCUUAAUGAAAAUCCAUUUGGAUACGAAGGAUUUAUUACAACAUUUCAAUUAAAAGAUUGUCCAAUUACAACCCUGAAAAUCAACAACACAAUCGUCUGUCCUAAUGGUGAAACAAAAUGGAAUUCAAAAUCUGAUUCUUUAAGAUUUCGUUCUGAAAUAAUGCAAACUUGUGUGAGCAAAUCUGCAUUUGAAGGAUACUAAAUCAAGUAGAGGAGAUCAUAUCAAAGCAUUGGAAGCAGUGAUAAAUACAGGCAUAUUGCGCAACUUACAGAUACUAAAUUUAUCAAACAGCCUCUUAAAUGGUGAACUAUUGAUCACACUCUUACCAUUGAUUGCUUGUAACUGUCCAGGCCUCAAUGACCUUGAUCUUUCUAAAAACAAUAUUGGUGUGCCAGGAGCAAGCGUUCUAGGAGAAGCUUUUCCACUACUAAUUAAUAGCAGAAAUGUAUUCCAGCUUGACUUGAGUGAAAACAACCUAGAUAGUAUGGCUAUGACAGUGUUCACUGAGAAGGUUAUUGCAAUUAGUAAACUAAAAUCUGUAUCAAUUUCACAAUCCACCAAAUGUGAUAUUCACUUGUCAUUAAACAAAAAUCCACUCAGGUACGAAGAUUUGCUAGGAAUUUUUAGAAUUCUUCAAUUUGACUGUUGCAGAAUUUCAAAACUAGAGAUUGAGGACACAGUCGUUAAUGUACUAUCAAUUGAUUUUGCGACUAGUCAACUGGAAAACACACAAAAAUUCAUGUCUAAAUUGCAGAAACUUUGCAUGAGCAAAAAUACUGCCAGUAGUCGACUUCAUCUAAACGCACUUUUUUCAAUGUUACCAACAGGUAUUUUCACAAAUUUGGAGGAGCUAAACUUGGCUCAAACUCUUCUGAGCAAUUGUGGUGAGCUACUAAGCAUUCUUCUACCAUCUCUCUCAUCUCACUGCCCUCACCUUGUCGACCUUGAUCUAUCCGAAAAUCACGUUGGAAUUGAUGGGGCUUGUGCAUUGGGAGAAAACUUCCUUCUGCUCACAAGCAAUAAGAAGCAGUUUCAUCUAGACCUGAGUGAGUGUAGCAUUGACAAUGAAUGUAUGAUAGCAUUUUCUGAACAAAUGGCUGAGAAAAUGUUUCGAUCUACUGAGAUUACAUUAUUCACCGAAUGCCAUCUUUGUCUUGAUAAAAAUCCACUUGAAUCUACAGGACUAUGGGAAAUAAUGAAAGUUCUUAGCUACGAGAGUUGUCCAAUCACCAGACUGGAUCUCCGAAGAACUCAACGCACAACCACAAAUAGUGGCAUUGAUGAAAUGUCUAAUUUCAACACAGUCAUGAGUAGUAGGUUGACUACGCUCCAUCUAAAUGACAACAGACUUAACGGAGACACUCAUCUCAAAAUAUUAACUAUAGUGGUGAAGUCAGGACUACUGGCCUCUCUCGAAAAAUUUGAUCUAUCUGAGUCAGUUAUUGCUAGGAAUGACGAAGCAUCAUUGACAGAACUCAUAUCAUCUUUAUCUACCUAUUGCCCUAAGCUAACAAGCUUAGACUUUUCAAACACUAAUCUUAAUGUACCUGAAGCAUGUGCAUUAGGUGACAACUUGACACUACUCGUUUAUGGUAAAAAACAAUUUCAUCUCGACUUGAGUAAGACAUAUUUUGAUACUGAAGCAUCGAUAGCAUUCUGUAAAAAAGUAAUUGACAAACUACUAUCUUCAACGGACACUUCAUCUACAAGAGAAUUAGAAUACAGCAGCUGUGCUCUUUAUCUCAACAGAAAUCCAAUAGGAUAUAAUGGUUUCUUGGCCCUUUUUAAAAUGCUCAGCACAAAAUUGUGUCCAAUUACAAAUCUGCAAAUCAAAGAUACUUACAACUCAACCACUGAAAUUAACAGCACUGACCUAGAGGCAGAUAGUGUUAUGGGCAGUAGGUUGACUACACUUUGUCUUGGUGAUAAUCAGUUUACCGGAGAAAUAUAUGCAAGAGCAUUCAAAGUGGCUGUAAGGGUAGAUGUUCUAGAGUUUAGACCUUUCAAAUGCUCUCACUUAUAACAUGGACACAAAUGGAGUGCUGCUAACCACACUCUUACCAUGCCUUGCCUCUCAUUGCCCUAGCCUAGCGACUCUUGAUCUCUCCAAAAAUAAUCUUGGUGUGCCUGGAGCACGCCCACUGGGAGAAACAUUCCCACUAUUCACAACAAGCAGAAAAGAGUUUACUCUUCAUCUAACUAAGGCUAAUUUUGACAGUGCUGCUUUACUUGUCUUCUGUGAAGCAAUUAAACUAUCUUCAAUAGAGGAAGUUCCUUUCAGUACGGAAAAUUACGACAUUGAAAAUGUUAUGUAUCUCAACCAAAUCCAUUGAACUAUGACACUUUGCUAGCAAUGUUUAGUGCCCUCAGAUGCAGAAGCUGCCAAAUCACAACGUUAUAUCUCAACAACACAGAUUACACCACAAUGUCUGGCACAAAAGGUAUUUUACCUAGCAUUGACGCUGAUGGCAUGAGCAGCUGUUUGACAACACUGCACCUGAAUGACAAUCAUUUUAGUGGUGAAGCACAUAUAAAUGCAUUAGAAGAAGCAGUAAGGGCUGACAUUUUAGUCAAUUUGAAGAAGCUAUAUUUGUCAAACACUCUCACUAUUAACAGCAAGAAAAAUGGUGAACUAUUGAGUAGGCUGCUGCCUUCAAUCGCUCAAAAUUCCCCCAAAUUAAAGAUUUUGGAUAUUUCAGAUAAUAAUCUAGGUGUUCCUGGAGCAUGUGUACUAGGAAAAGUUUUACCAGCUCUCAUUGGCAGUAGGGAUGAGUUUUACCUUGAUUUAUGCAAUACAGAUCUCGAUAGCCAAGCUAUGACAGCUUUUACACAAGAGGCAAUUGACGGGCUGUCUUUAUUGACUACCCCACCACCUGCAAAUUCCAAACUCCAGCUUAACGAUAAUCCUAUUGGAUACGCCGGACUGUUCGCUCUUUUUAAAUUAUUAAACACUAAAAACUGUGCAAUUACAGAUCUCAGUCUGACCAACACUGCUUUAUAUAUCCCAGCUAUAGAAAAUGGUUUUCAGUAUGUCAAUAACUUAACUACUUCCAUUGAUGUUACCGUCGUCAGCAAUUUACGAAUCCUUAACCUCGGAGACAAUAGGUUUUGUGGCGUAACCUAUAUUCGUAUGUUGGAGGUAGCCAUCCAAAGUGGCAUGCUGAUCUACCUUGAGGAUCUAGACCUGACAAACACCUUUCCCAACGAUAGUGACAUUAACGGAGCAUUGCUCGCAUCAAUUUUGCCUACAAUAGCCAGUUCAUGUCCUUACCUUUUAUCACUUGACCUGUCACUCAACAAUUUGGGUGUUCCUGGAGCAUAUGCAAUAGGAAAAGCUCUUCCAAUGCUAACAAUUGCCAAUAUUAGUUUGGUUGACACUUAUCUUUUUAGUGAAGCUAUAAAAGCUUUUUCAAAUGGUUUUGCAAGCACAAGUUGCUUUGCUUGUAAUCUCUGCAACUGUAUAGUUGAUCUCAGCGAAAAUUCGAUUGGGUCAGAUGUUCUACCAGCUCUACUCAGUGUUAUUGAAGAUAAGAGCUGCCCGAUUAUAAUACUUGAUCUUAAUCUCACUAAUUCGAAAAACCAAUGUGUUCAGAAAGUUAGCAGUGAAAUUAGCAACAAUAGAGGACUAAUAACUGUUGACUUACGCAGGAAUAAUUUGCAUGGAGAUAACAUUUUUGUGUUGGCUGAAUUCCUUUCAUUGUGCCAAUCGCUUGAAAAGCUUCAAUGCACAGAUUGUUAUAUUACAUCCACUGAUGUGAGUAAUCUAUUUUCACAAAUGAAGUCGAGCAGCAUAAAACACAACACUUUGAAAGAAUGGGAUCUUCAAGACAACUUAGUUGGCAACAAAGGAAUUGAUAUAUUUCUUGAGAAUCUACUCGAUUUGUUCCCGGGUCUGGAACAGAUUAAACUUGAUGGCAAUCCAGCCAAGUAUGAGCCGAAGAAAAAACUUGAGGAGUUUCUGAAGAGGGGAAAGAAAUCUUCUCAAUCCCAUCAUGCUGGAAUAUCUGACAGUGAAGCAGAUGGGAAAAUGGAACAAGACCUUACUAAAAAAGAGCAGGGAUUAAUGUGGGACGAUUUACUGGAGGAGAUGAUACAGCACUUCAAGAAGUUGAUUGAAGAAAAUAAUGUACAAUCGUGCAAUUCUGAAUCAGACAAAACAUUCCCAUCACCUGUUAUCAGUGAUAACUCAGACAGUCAUCUCUCAGCCACAGAUGAGCCAGAUUCAUUGUUGGGGGAAAUGGAUACAGAGGAGGCCAUAAUGCAAAGAAUGGAUAAAUUGGAAAUUCACAUCUGCUCUAGAGAAUCUCCACCCGUCAAGAUAGACAAACUAACUGGUGUAACAGCAUCCCCAGUGACCACACCCUCCCCACACCGCUCUCCCUCAGGAAGUGGUGGACUGAGGACACUGAUUAUUGAGGAACUGAAGGAACGUACUAAAGUGACCGACUCUCAACUUGAUGAACAAAUUCAACAAAAAGACAUGUUCAAACUUUCCGCUUACUUUGGUAGUGUAGAAGACUACAUAAAUUACUUAGAACUAACCCCUAGCCAGCAAACUGACAUUAAAGACCUAGCGUUAAGAAGAAGCACACAAACCGCCAUGACCGAGGUGUUGAAAUUGUGGAGAGAGCAUAACCCAUACACUGCCACGUACCGAUCACUAUUGGAACUUUUAUUGGAUAUGGGAAAAGGAGAAGUGGCUUCUCAAGUGUGCUACUACCUCAGCUCCAAAUGUCAACAUACAUACAUGUAGCAAAUCAAAACCAUGCACAAUAUGACCAUACCAUAGACAAUACAGACAACAUUAGAUUUACUUUUUUUGCACUUAAAAGUAGCGAUUAUUAUAGCAUGCAUGCUUAUCCGUUAAAUAUUCUUUGCAUAUACUAGCUCAAAUUCCAUAUAAUUAUUACAGUCCUAUUAUCAGAACCGUUGUUGUACACAUAUGCAAUUAGAUCUAUGGCAUCAUUCUUUACUCAAAAUUUAAGUAAAUACUGAUUCUACUCAUAAAGAGUCUCGAUUAUAGUGGCUGGCAUUCAUCUCCCUGUCUCUAAAUCUUUUUGUGUACUCUUGUUCUUGCUGUAAUCGUCUCUCAAACACCUCCUCAACAUCACUCUGGGAGAAACCCUCCUCACCUCUCACUCUGUACUGGUACUUGCACGCACUAAUCACGAAACUUACCAGACCAAUAAGUGCUAUAAACAAGGUCGCAACAAAAUAUCCAAAUUCGCAACUUAAUACUGAUGUGAUCUGACCGGGUUUUACGUAUUUCCAGUACUUCUUCAAACUGAAUGGGUACACUAAGCUAGCUCCAAUCAACUGGUACAGGCCUUUAUUUGCAAACAAGAUACCUAUCAGUACACCCUUCAUGGAGUGUGGGCCUUGGGCAGAUAUGAACUCAAGAGCCGUAGCAAGUAGCAAACUGGGUGCAAGGCCUAACAGAAUAUUUGGUAGCAGCAAAAUCGACCAAUGCAAUAACAAUGGAUCGUAUGGGCCAUCAAGUGGG